AUGAAGCACCAACUUCUUUACCUCGUUGGUAUGGCUACGGUUGCUGCCAUACCCUUGGCACAUCAGUCUUCGGCUGCUUACUUCUUCACCUUCGGGGAUUCGUAUACCAUGACUUCUUUCAAUAUCUCUGGUACACAGCCGUCUUCUUCGAACCCAAUGGGGAAUCCUAAUUUAGGAACCGGGACUACAGGUGGAGGUGUCAACUGGGUAGGAGACCUGACGACUGAAGACAAUUGUUCGCUCGUCUUAAGCUACAAUCUUGCUAUUGGCGGUGCUACUAUUGAUAACCGCAUUAUAAAUGCUACAGUCGAAGACAUGACGACGCAGGUUGCGUCUUUCCACUCGAUCUAUGGCAAGAAGCCCCAUGUUGCGCCGUGGAGGACUGGUAAUACAGUGUUCGGGUUCUGGAUUGGAAUCAACGAUAUCGGCCGGGCUUAUGCGAACUAUGACGCCAGCGUCCUCGUUCCCAAACUCAUGGCCCAGUACGAGUCUCUUGUUCAGGAGAUUUAUGCUGAUGGUGGACGCAAGUUCCUGUUCUUGAAUGCGCCGCCAACUAGUCGGAGCCCAUUCAUUCUGGCAGAGGGUGCACAGGCGUCGGAGGCACAUGCGGCGUGGGUGACUGCCUACAAUGACGGACUCGAUACAAUGGUGGAGCGUUUCAGACGGAAGCAUAGUGAUGUAAAAACUGUUGUCUAUGACACUUGGUCCUUUAUGACCAACAUCUUGGAUUAUCCUGAGGAGUACGGGUACCCAGAUUCCACGUGCAUUAAUGAUGACGGGAUAAGCUGUAUUUGGUGGAACAAUUACCACCCAGGACUCAAAUACCAUCGGCUACAGGCUACAAAUAUGAAGCAAUACCUUGAGCCUUUUGGUGCUUGGUAG